UGUCAUGGCCCCGCAGGUGGGCGUCUGAACGCACGACAGCAGAGUCGAAACGCGAGGAAUCCAUGCGCCGCGCCAGUUCGUUUGGGGAAAGUCGGAAUUGGUCGGUCCGGUGGGCACCUGACAGCCGGGUCCGGCGUAUGUCCUGUUACCCGUCACGACAUGUCUUUACCGUUUUUAACCGAUAGCCUUGUACGGUACGCAGUACACAAGAGUUUGGACAGAGAUAAACUGUACCCUUCUCUUCCUUUCGACUUGAUGGCAGAAUACUGGCAUAUCUUGUUGAACCUAUCUGCAGAUGCAAUCUAUAUACAACCUACAGGAAAUCAAUGA